AUGUCAGCGGUGACGAAGCAGCCGCUUCCCUUUGGCCGGCUGGAGAGAGAGAAGCACAUCCAGAUGCUCUUUAGAGCUUUCCACAGACAACAUAGGGCCUCCUGUGAUCCCCAGGACUCACCUGGGACCCAACCCCACGGAGGGACACCUACCUGGGAACCAGAGGAGCAGCCUGCAGGUCUGGCACCUGGGAAUAAGGCGGAGAAUGGUCGCGUGCGGUCACCAGGGCAGCUGAGUAGGCCAGAGGUAAGGGAGCGGUGGCCUGAAGAUGGAUUGGGACUGGACUCAGUAGAGAUGCUGGAAACCAUCAGCCGAUUGAAUGUGACAGCCAGACCAGAGCUGCAAGGUCCACAGUGUGUUCCCAGGAGGACCUACAGCGUAGCUGCAGGAGGCAGCAGAGAGCAGCUGUUUGUGGUUGUAGAAGAGAGUUCCUGUCUGUGCCUGCAGUGCUGUGGUCCGGCACGUUCGUGUUCCCUGCAGGGUUUCGACGACAGGGGCCACCAGGUCUUCCAUUUUCAAAGGCCCCUUAGGGUGGACGCUUGCUGCUUGGGCUGCUGCCUCAUGGAAAUGAGGGUCUACACCCCUGAAAACCAGCUCCUUGGUACAGUACGUCAGAGGUGGAGCAUGUUCACCCCCCUGUUGGAAGUGUGUGAUCCAGAGGGCAGAUCUAAUGUCCGAAUCCAGGGUUCCUGCUGCCCGUGUCGCUGUCUCUCGGACCAAGAGUUUCAGGUCAUCUCGAUGAUUGGCGAAAAAAUUGGCACGAUAUGGAAGAAAUGGCCUGGCUUCAAUGAUGAGUGCAACAUGGACCACGAAUAUUUUGGGUUGGAGGUGCCGCUAAAUAUGGAGUCACACACCAAACUGCUCCUGCUGGCUGCUGCAUUCUUACUGAGCCACAUGUUCUUUGAGAUGAGUUGA